AUGGCUAAGUUCAAGAGGUCUGAUCCAGAGAUUGAAGGCCUUGUGGCAGCUAGUGGACUAAGUCCUUUGAUCGCCUGUUCCCUAGAUACGGGCAAUCGGGGACUAAUGUCUGCUUUUGUGGAAUGCUGGCAUAAGGAAACUAAUAGUUUCCAUUUGCUCGUCAGAGAGGUGACUUUCACCUUGGAUGACGUCGCGUCGUUGCUACAUCUGCUUGUUGUAGGGGCGUUCCACAGCUUUGAGUUACUUCAUGUCGACGACGCUGUCGAUAUGUUGGUGGAAUUACUCGAGGUCAGCGCUGUAGAGGUGAGAGCUGAGACGAUUCAGUGUGAUGGCUCUUAUGUUCGACUAUUGUGGCUGCGUGAUGUGUAUCAGACAAAGAUCAAGGCAUGUGACUGGAUUGUAGCAGUGCGAGCGUAUUUGUUGCAUCUGCUUAGAUGCACACUCUUUGCUAACAAGAGUGCCACACACGUGCACGUGUGUUGGAUCUACGAGCAUUUUUCAUUUGUUGGUUCCGUUGUACCUGUCGAGGAUUAUGAUGAGAGGAGACCGCGUGCAUGUCGAUGGACCUCUGGCAAGGCACUGCUCGUUUCCACGUAUCACAAGCGUCUGGAUAGACUGACUCCUGACGUGACUAUUUCGCCACAUCCUGCUGCGUCUUCGCUCUCUGUUGAAGAAAUUGAUGAUAGAUGGAUGCAGUUAAGUGAGUACAUUGCACCUAUAGGGCAAUUACGUGUAGUGCCUGGCCACUGUUCGCCAGAUUACAUGGAUUGGUUUUACAUGAUUUCACACUCAUUCAUGAGUUCGGCACAGCUAGGGGAUCCUCCUAGAGUUUCGCCAGUUCAGCAAUAUGACACAUUUGUUAAACCAGAUGUGUAUCAGCAACUGAUGGCGGCAGCAGCACCUAAUGAGGCAAACGUUGAUGUGCAUCAUGUUCAACAUGCAGUGGAUGGUUUUGUAGCAAUUGCUGAUAAGUUGGAGAGACUACUAAACCUGAGGAUCCUGACCGAAGGAACACAAGCCUAUACUGUUGCUGAAGAAUGUUUGGGCAUCAUAAGAAGCUACAUUAGCUAA